AGCACAAGGACAGCUAUGGACAAAAUUCUAAUGCAAAUAGAAAUGUGCAUUCAUAAUAUAGAAUGAAUGGAAAUAUAUGCACCUCCUCAAAAGAUUUGAACUAGAGCCAACGAUCCAUCUCAUUCCAUACUCAUCUUGCUCCAUCAUCUAUAAUGAUGGCCUCUUCUUCCUCCUUUUCUAGCAGCUCCGCUUCCUCUUCCUUUUGCCUUGGAUCACUUGAGAAUAUUUGCAUGGAUACCAACCAGUCGCCGCAGAACAUGGGCAUGGGGCUGCAGGUGAAGCCCGCGGGAUAUAAGUUUGCCUUCCCCGUAACCGCCGCCACUGCAAACAGCGGCUGCACCAGGGCGCAGCCAGCGGCGAGGCCAAGCAAGGAGCAAGCCCUCAAGUGUCCCAGGUGCAACUCCACCAGCACCAAGUUCUGCUACUACAACAACUACAGCCUCAGCCAGCCCAGGUACUUCUGCAAGACCUGCAGGAGAUACUGGACCGAGGGUGGGUCCCUCAGGAAUGUCCCUGUGGGUGGUGGCUCGAGAAAGAACAAGAGAUCUGCCACUUCCUCCUCCUCUUCCAAAGGUCCAAAGUCGUUCCAUGAGGGGCAGGGCCUCAAGCAGGGUCUCCCUGACGACGGCAGCACUGACUACUCCAGACAAGAAGCCACCUGCAGGGCUUAUACUCCUGGCCUCGGGCAUGAAUUCAUCAUGCCCAUGCCACUGCCCGACUACACUCUGAGCUUUCCUUUUGACUGUAGCAAUGCUGGGCUUGGAAAUUUGCUAGGUGUUCAGGAGAGUAGUUCUGCUGCAGGUAGUAGCAGUAAGCUUCUGUUUCCUCCUGAGGAGCUCAGAGUAGUAGAAGCGCCUUCAAAUUACAAUAAGAACGAGCAAUUUGCCAAGAAUAUUAAUAACAAGGAAGGAGGUGGUGAUGAUCUACCUCCAGCUGGAUUCUGGAACACUCUCAUGUGAAGAGACUCCUGGUAGAGUAGCAGAUCAACAAAUCGAGUUUACAUGCUCAGUACUGUUGUACUUAUCCAUUUUGGCUAUUGAUAUGGUGGUGGUAUAUAUAUAUGCAUGCACAGCCUAACAUAUGAGAGAUGAUACAUUUAAUGUGUGUAUUUGAAGCUUCAGUUUAAUAUCACAAUCAUAUACUUAAUA